UUAUUUCCCGCUGUCAGGAUGAGGAGGCGGAGGUCGGCGCUCCGGUCCGUCUCUGCCCGGGGCUGUGGCGGCGCCGGCGGCUCCAGCCUUAGCGGUUCCUCCCUGGGCGGCGGCGGCCGCGGCUCGGUCGACGCCUCCUCCGCCAGCUGAGCCCGCGGCAGCCCGGGACUCCGCUUCCCCGCCCAUCCCUGUUCCCCGAAGCCGCCUCCUGGCCAUGGCGCAGCCGGGCCCGGCUCCCCAGCCUGACGUUUCUCUUCAGCAACGGGUAGCAGAAUUGGAAAAAAUUAAUGCAGAAUUUUUACGUGCACAGCAACAGCUUGAGCAAGAAUUUAAUCAAAAGAGAGCAAAAUUUAAGGAGCUAUAUUUGGCUAAAGAGGAGGAUCUGAAGAGGCAAAAUGCAGUAUUGCAAGCUGCACAGGAUGAUCUGGGUCACCUUCGGACACAGCUGUGGGAGGCUCAGGCAGAGAUGGAGAAUAUCAAGGCAAUUGCCACAGUCUCUGAGAAUACUAAACAAGAAGCUAUAGAUGAAGUUAAAAGGCAGUGGAGAGAAGAGGUUGCUUCACUUCAGGCUGUAAUGAAAGAGACAGUUCGUGACUAUGAGCAUCAGUUUCAUCUGAGGCUGGAGCAAGAGCGAGCACAGUGGGCACAGUAUCGAGAAACUGCAGAGCGGGAAAUAGCUGAUUUGAGAAGAAGGUUGUCUGAAGGUCAAGAGGAAGAAAAUUUAGAAAAUGAAAUGAAAAAGGCCCAAGAAGAUGCUGAGAAGCUCCGCUCUGUCGUGAUGCCCAUGGAGAAGGAAAUUGCAGCUUUGAAAGAUAAACUGACAGAAGCUGAAGAGAAGAUUAAAGAGCUGGAGGCCUCAAAGGUUAAGGAACUGAACCAUUAUCUGGAGGCUGAGAAGUCUUGUAGGACCGAUCUGGAGAUGUAUGUAGCUGUUUUGAACACUCAGAAAUCUGUUCUACAGGAAGAUGCUGAGAAAUUGAGGAAAGAAUUGCAUGAAGUUUGCCGUCUCCUGGAGCAAGAACGACAGCAACACAACCAGUUAAAACAUACAUGGCAGAAGGCCAACGACCAGUUUCUGGAAUCUCAGCGUUUACUGAUGAGAGACAUGCAGAGGAUGGAGAUUGUGCUAACUUCUGAACAGCUCCGGCAAGUUGAAGAAAUGAAGAAGAAAGAUCAGGAGGAAGAUGAACAACAGAGGCUUAGUAAGAGAAAAGAUAACAAAAAAACAGAUUCUGAAGAAGAAGUAAAAGUACCAGUAGUGUGUGCUUUAGCUCAAGAAGAAUCUUCAACAGCGUUAUCACAAGAAGAGGAGCAUUUCGACAGCACCCAUGGGUCAGUCCAUUCCUUAGAUGCAGACUUGCUGUUACCAUCUGGAGAUCCUUUCAGUAAAUCGGACAAUGACAUGUUUAAAGAUGGACUCCGGAGAGCUCAGUCUACAGACAGCUUGGGGACUUCAAGCUCAUUGCAAUCAAAAGCAUUAGGCUAUAACUACAAAGCAAAAUCUGCUGGAAACUUGGAUGAGUCGGAUUUUGGACCACUGGUUGGAGCAGAUUCUGUAUCUGAGAACUUUGAUACUGUGUCACUUGGGUCACUGCAGAUGCCAAGUGGAUUUAUGUUAACCAAAGAUCAAGAAAGAGCAAUUAAGGCAAUGACGCCUGAACAGGAGGAGACAGCAUCCCUCCUCUCCAGCGUCACCCAAGGUAUGGAGAGUGCAUAUGUAUCUCCCAGUGGUUACCGCUUAGUGAGUGAGACCGAAUGGAAUCUCCUGCAGAAAGAGGUACAUAAUGCUGGAAAUAAGCUUGGUAGACGUUGUGAUAUGUGUUCCAAUUAUGAAAAACAGUUACAAGGAAUUCAGAUUCAGGAAGCUGAAACAAGAGACCAGGUGAAAAAGCUGCAAGUCAUGCUAAGGCAAGCCAAUGACCAGCUAGAGAAGACAAUGAAAGAGAAACAGGAGCUAGAGGACUUUAUCAAACAGAGCACUGAGGACUCAAGCCACCAGAUAUCUGCACUUGUCAUAAGAGCUCAAGCCUCUGAGGGCUUACUUGAAGAGUUACAACAGAGCUUUUCUCAAGCAAAGAGGGAUGUUCAGGAACAGAUGGCGGUGCUGAUGCAGUCACGUGAACAGGUUUCGGAAGAGCUGGUGAGGUUACAGAAAGACAAUGACAGCCUCCAGGGGAAGCAUAGCUUGCAUGUGUCAUUACAGCUAGCAGAAGACUUCAUUCUCCCAGAUACUGUGGAGGUGCUCCGGGAACUGGUGUUAAAAUACCGUGAAAACAUCAUUCAUGUGCGGACAGCAGCAGACCAUAUGGAGGAGAAGCUGAAGGCUGAAAUACUGUUCCUAAAAGAACAGAUCCAGGCAGAACAGUGUUUAAAAGAAAACCUUGAAGAGACUCUACAGCUGGAAAUAGAGAACUGCAAGGAGGAAAUAGCUUCCAUUUCUAGUCUAAAAGCUGAAUUAGAAAGAAUAAAGGUUGAAAAGGGACAGUUGGAAUCUACAUUAAGAGAGAAGUCACAACAACUUGAGAGUCUCCAAGAAAUAAAGGUUAAUUUAGAGGAACAGUUGAAGAAGGAAACUGCUGCUAAGGCUACGGUUGAACAGCUCAUGUUUGAAGAGAAGAACAAAGCUCAGAGGUUACAGACAGAAUUAGAUGUCAGUGAACAAGUCCAGAGAGAUUUUGUAAAACUUUCUCAGACUCUUCAGGUGCAGUUAGAGAGGAUCCGGCAAGCAGACUCCUUGGAGAGAAUCCGGGCAAUUCUGAAUGAUACCAAAUUGACAGACAUUAACCAGCUCCCUGAGACAUGACACCCUGAUAGCAGGAUUGUAACCUGCAUUUUGGGUUUUUAACUCAUCUUUAGAAUAACAUUAAUUAUUAUUUAACUCUUAAUGGAAGACAUCACAGCAAAAGGAAGACUGGAGAAAUGCAGGUCUGGAGGGAGAAGGCUGCUGUGCGCAGGGACAGCCAGCAGAUGUUUCAGAGGGAACACUAACAGGACACCGGACUCCAUUCCAACGGGUGUGGGAUCAGAUUGGUGCCAGAAAAGUGCUGUUUCCUUGCCUGCUUUCUCCAACAUGGAUUCCGGAACACAUUUCCUGACAUGAAAGCAACUUCCCCAUAGUGUUUGGAAUUAUGUUUUCAGUUCAUACAAACUGGGAGAGAAAAAGUUUUUUGUUUUUUUCCUGUUUUCUAGGGCUCAUCAGUAGCAGUGUUCAGCUAGCAGAGAGGUGUAGUGUGCUGUAUGAGUAUUUUAUAUUAAAAUAUGAAGUGUGAGAGCAGGCCAUUGGCUAUUGACUGUAUUUCCCUCGCUCAGUGCAUAUUUUUUCUUUCUACCAUUUUAUCUUCAUUGGAGGACCUUAAAUGCUACUGAAACUUGCCUGAGAAUUAUAGGACCAUGGCAAACAAAGAAUUCAACAAAAUUAGGAGAAUCUGAAUACUUGGCUGAGGCAAUAUAUAUAGUGGAAGUUGAAUUUAAAGGAAAAAAGCACAAGAAACCUUGGAUGCACUUUCUCUGCACACCGGGAUGAACUUCCUUGGCCCACAGGUACCAUGGCAAAGGAGAACUGGCACCACCUACCCUUUCCAAGUGUUUUAGUUACUGGAUCAGUGGAAAAAAUAUUAAUAAAACAAGCUAUGUCUGACAUCUAGUACACAUGUAUAAAUCUGCUUAUUUUCAGCCUGCCUUAGAGGCAUACAAGUGUCACAUUUAAAAUGGUAUGGCUUACAGAUCUUUGUAUGUUUGUUUUACAGUUUAGACCUGUGGUGUAAGUGAGCAUGCUUACAGUGAAGCUGAGGAAACUUAGUUUAGUAUCUACUUCAUUCUUGGAGUUGAAAUUUCUUUCCUGUGUGGAGAAGCAAAGCACCCUGCGGAACAGGUUAAUCCCAAACAGCUGUAAAGUGGUGCAGAACUCGGAAGUGUGCUUGUGUUCUACUCACCAGCUGCAGGCUAUACUGAGCACACUGGUGGACAGUUAGCUAUGCUGUGUAACGCAUGUAGUUCCUAAGUCACAAUGCUUUCAAGGAAUGUGAGUGACUUACAGACGUAUCCAAAAGAACUAGAAUUUUCACACUUGUCUACCAUCAAUUCAUAGCAUAAAUGGACUUCGUAGUAACGAGUCAUUAUGAAUUUGCCCUCAAGGUCUUUGCUAUUUUCUUUCGUAAGUCUUGUGUUCACGAUAAAGAAUUUAAAAGUAAAUACAAAUUGCGGGAAUAGUGCUAAAGGCUUGCCAAUGCAUGGAAACAUUAAUUGGCUUGAAGUCCCCUUGUAUACAGUACUACUUGGUAUAAAGAAACAGUAUCCUCACUGAGUUAAAGGGAUUUUAUUAAUUAUAAUGUGAUUACAUUAGAUUUAGGACUAGUCCUUCAGCUCCAAGCUAAUUUGUUUUGUAUCAGUGUUGGCCACAGUGAAUGGGAAAUUCAUAAUCAUUCUGAACUGUCACUCCCCAUGAGCUGUUCUGCUGAGACCAAGCACUUUUUUUUAGACAGGGUUUCUCUAUAGCUUUGGUGUCUGUCCUGGAACUAGCUCUUGUAGACCAGGCUGGCCUCGAAGACACAGAGAUCUGCCUGCCUCUGCCUCCCAAGGGCUGGGAUUAAAGGCGUGCGCCACUACUUUACAGACAACUUUUCUCCAGAAGCUGGGGAUUGAACAAUAAAGACAUCACGAUUAGGGAUGUUUAUAGUCUGUACUUGAGGCAGAUGCAAACUGCUGGGAUCCUCUCAAUGAGAAACACAUCCUAGAGGAACAGAAACUGAAAUGCUAAGUUUUCAACAGCCUGUCUGCGGUAUGGAAUAGACUGCUGCACCACCAGGUAGGAAGAGUCCUUUAAACUUAAGUCUUCUGCUUUAGAAGGUAGAAUUCACCAGGAGAGGAAAAAUCUGGUUCCAGUGCUGCACUCCAUCUGUGUAGACCUUUCUCUUGCAUGUCUAACCUGGCUUACCUUUACCUGUAACAUACCUUACCAUGCAGCUUCUAAUUGGCAGUCACUCAGUUGUUUCUAGGCAGGUACCAUACUUACUUUUCAGAACUCAAAUUGGCAGGUUUGAAAAGAUGAUCUACAUUUUUCUUUUCCUUUAAGGUGCUAGAACUUGCACCAGAACUCACUGAGUAGACAUAGCCAUAGCCAAACUGAGCUCUGAAAGGCAACGAUGCCUGUGAGGAAAUGAGCCAGCAGAGGACUCUGCAACUGUUAGCAACUGUAUGUAGAUCUUCACCUCUGCUCUGCAGACUGCAGGUGUCUCUGUGUGUUAACUGUACCGAAGGCAUGUCCUUAAGAGAGUGUUCAAAUUAAAAGAGCUGCUACUGAG